AUGCAAGCCCUAAAGACCGACAGGUCGGACAAAGAGAGCUUUGAUGAGAACCCAGAUUUGGAAACGGUGUUAGCAUCUUCAGCUCUCCCUCUCCAGGAAGACCUGAACUUCAACGAAGCUAUUCUCAGCUCUCUACAGAGUUCUCGCAACCCAGCAACCAUUCCCCCUCAAGACUUCCCAGUCUUCACCACGGAUUCCCAACAGUCAACAUGGCUUCCCUCCAGUUCACCACGCCAGCCGGCACAAUCCGCGCAAUCCAACUUCCCACCCCUACAACAGGACUUUGUCUUGUUCGACCAACAACCAACCCCCCAGAGACAGAACGUUAACCGCACUGUAUCCGCGCCUGUCACAGCAGCAGCAGCCUUUGGAUCUCUACACGCCAAUCGUCAUCACCCGUCGUCGCAUUCCACUAGCGGUUCCGUAUCGCCGUCUAUUCAGAACCAACGAGUGAGCCAGAUUAUCCGGGCAACAGGGCAUCAGACUUCUCCCUCUACGGCUUUUACCAAUCGGUUUAAUUCUUCUGCGCAAAAUCAGAGUUUACAACAGUUUUACGCACCCCUUUCUUCUACUUCAGUGAGCCAGCAGCAGACUCGACCUGUUCGACCACCUGUGCCACUUUUCACGAACGGCAUUGGGAAGCAGCAAAACUCGGCCAAUAUGGAUCUUCAAGGUAUUUCAACCAGCACAUCUUUGCCAAGUGAUUCACUUAUCUCAUACAUUCCAGACGCUCUCAGUUUCGAAGACUUCACCCCCUUCGAGGGUGGAGCCACCACGGCUUACUCUUCCCCCGGAAUCCCUGGCUAUGAUAUGAAUGUGAGCUCCGGUUCGGACUCCGUCAGCAACUUGAGCACAGUGUCGCCCUCGGACCUGUUCCUACAGGAUCACUUCACAUCUGCGCCAAAUUCCAGUGCCAUCACGAACUUGACAUCGCCUUCCAUGUAUGGCGAGUCUCCAGACCUUCACGAUAGUUACGAGGUGUCCCCCAACUACGGCGGUAGCGACUUUGACCACGGCUCGAGGGACAACUGGUAUUCCUUGUUCCCUGACCAGAACGCGGUUUCCGAUCCCACUCCUACCCCAGCCAGCAAGGCCGAAGUAUCGCCAACGCUGGAGUCGGAUGACUUCGAAGAGGCUGAAACUACUACAACUCAGUCUCGUCGCAAGUCCAGCCACGGCAAAGGGUCACCCAGCAACAAGCCCUCUUCUGUCGCUGGUGUGAACCCUCGUCGUCGGGAUAAGCCUCUUCCUCCGAUUGUCGUUGAAGAUCCUCAUGACCCUGUUCUCAUGAAGCGCGCUCGCAACACGCUGGCAGCUCGUAAGUCACGUGAGCGAAAAGCAAUGCGAUUUGAGGAGCUGGAGGCCAGGAUCACAAAACUAGAAGAAGAACGUGAUUAUUGGAAGAACAAAGCCCUUUCAAAAACCGGUUGAUUUGGUUACAUCAUGGGAUGUAUUUAUUGCGCGGACCGAACUGGGGGGUAGCCCCAACAACGGUCAGCCAUUCCUAUUCUAUGGAAGCAGUGGUAACCGAUAUGAUUUUACGAGUGUAGUCAGUCGAUGAUGCUACUUGCCUUUUAUCAUAUAUUAUUAGGAGGUUUUCGAAUCAUUUCAUUUUCAAGAGUAUUUCACGGUCCCAGUAUUAUUAGGGCGACCAAAAACCGGGGUGGGCAGGAUUUCCUAUUUUCGUUGUCUUUUAAGGUAGUUAGCAUAUACCCUUCCCGUUCUUCUACGGGCCGGGAAUCAAUGAACCCAUUCAACUGAGAAGAGAUUAUAUUAUCGUACAUCUGUGUCGUUCUGUGUCGUGUUCUGUGACAUGAACCACCGAAGUCCCAUUCCCUUCAUGCUUGUUGGUAGCUGAAUGCUAGCCCUAGCCUUCCAAUUAGGUUCCAUGUUUCCCAUAUAGGUUACUUUAUGUUGUUC